UUGACGGCCUCCAUCAGGUUCUUGCACAAUUGAGCAGCUUCCAUCUCACUCAAAAGGCUUCCAUUCGAGAACAGGCUACCUCCUCUGCAGAGCUCCAUGACAAGACUCGCGCUACACCAGACGCGCCGUGGCCGAGUUCCUCCCCCAGCUUGUAUUUCUCACAAAGGGACCCCCUGGCGGAGUUCAUACACGGGACGAGUCCGCAGAAGAAAACGCAGAAGCACAUCACUGAUAAAGAUGAACACUCAAAAAGAACUGUGGAAGCGAAGCGAGGUAGUACACGCAUUGAAUCGGUCAAGCAGACGUACAGAAGAUUCGAAGCUAUGGGCCUUCUGCGACUUUUUACGACACGGAAUCCGGGCCGUGGCUUGUGACGGAAUCCUACGGCUGGCCAUCCGGGAAAAGUUUCAAAAGCUUUGGAAGGCGAAGGUGAAGCAUCAUGUGAAUUACGCACACCUCGCGGCUACGAGUGGCUCUCCCGACAUGGCGCGCUGCCAGGAACUCACGAGGCUCUCCGGGUCUACCUCUGGUGAAGCCACGAGCCAUGAUCAUCUGAAGUGGCAGGGGACCCGGCAUUUUUCGGCUGCCGCAGCUCAACUUGGAUCUACCGACGAGGAGAUACAGUACAGUGGCUGGGUUGAGAAAAUCAACAACAAGGGGGCUGUCCAACCUCGAGUGAUGGUGGUGAGUAACCUGGCGGUCUACAACUUUAAAAGCAGGCUCACGGUGCAGUGCAAGCGCCGGAUUGACAUUUGUGCUGUCGUGCACAUCGUACGGAGCAAGUAUAGCCAUCAGUUCAUCUUGUGCUGCCCGCAGGAGUACGAUUACUUAUUCUCUAGCAUCCAAGUAGAAGAGAUAUGUGACAUCAUUGUCGCGGUUCAUAAAGCUGCGACUGGGAACACAAUAUCAGUCGAAUAUAAGGUUGAGGUGGAUUUGUCGGAGUUUGUUCUCACCAGGCAAGAAGCGAAGAAGAUUAGAAAGGAGCAUCCCGAGCUGGCGCUGAAGAACAGUGCCGAAGAUCCAGUGCAAGUUAAAACAAAAACCAACAAUGUGGCACAGCCUUCCACGAUGACGCAGAUGAAGGCAAACGGAAUGUCUUGGAGUGUGGAGGACGCGACACCCUCUUCGAAGCUGUUACCGGAAAACCACCCACCGUCAGCGGCACUAAAAGACGUGGUGGUCCUCGGCCACGAUGUUGGCGGUGAUAGCACAGACGAUCUCAAAGUUUUUAAAGUUAUUGACGAGCUCUACGUUAUGAAGAACAAGAAAACCGGCGAGACCUUUGCGCUCAAGCCAGUGGAGUCGCAGUCUCAAACUCGUCAGCCGAGAGGCUCUCUCGUCUCGAGGUGUUGCUAUCGCCACCCGCUUUGUAUAAGCCUUGUGUUGUUUCAGAUGGUAAUGUUUUGCUCGUUUCUCUUGGCGCUCAAGCACAUUGUCAGCUCAUGUCAAUGGAGACGAUAGAAAAGGAAACCUUGUGGGGGACCAAUUUGACAUAACGAGCCCCGCGACAAAGAAAGAGAUUCAAGCGGCAGAUAAAAACGAGCUACCACCGGCCUUGCGAAGAAAAGAACGAACAAAGAAAAAGAAGAAAGUUAAAGCGUACCCAGUGCUAGGAAUGACAAAACGGAGAUAGUGCAGUGUACGUGCAAUGAUCCAAGCCGGGCUUCACUGAUACAAACGAGUUGAUAUAAGACCAGUGUUUCUGCUAUAAAAGAUAUACCAUUUAAAACC